AUGCUACCAUACAACUACCACCCACAGGGCUACUACCCCCAGCCGUACUACUUUGAGAUGAUGAGCUCGAUGUCUGGUGUCUAUCCUGCAUACGUCAGCCAUGGUGCUACAUCAAACCCCUCGUAUGUGCCUCGCUUUCCAAUCUCAGCCCACCAUCACCGACUUUCAAGCCACGACCACCAACUUCUCACCUAUUUCGCCGAUUUUGAACGCGAUCUGGCCAGCCUGACAGCAGACUACGAUAUUGCAAUCAGAGACCUUAUGGGCGUCAAGCCGAAGGACGACGCGUACAUCAUCCACUGGUCCGACUACCUUUGCGGCAUCAAGAUGGAGCGGGAAAACGUAAAGGAGCUCGCCAAGAUGGUCAGCAUCCUCUCUAACCGUGUCAAGAGCGGCGAGGUGUCGGGUGCGUACGCCUUUCAAUGCAGUCAGCAGUACCGCACCUAUCUUGAAAACUUCAAGUACGAGCGCUGGAACACCCUGGCGAUGCGGGUGAGCACUGGGGUGGAGUAUUACCGGAACCUUGCCGCCUCUCGCUCCGAUCCAUCAGCCAAAGGCGAAGAUGAAUGUCCUCCCAGUAAGACCGGAGGCGCAUCUUCACCCAAGAAGGCUGAGACGGACCCAUUCCCCAUCAAGUCCCAGAACAAGGGCGAGGGCAAACAACCCUCCAAGAGGACAUCUGAUGGAGCCAAGCCGUCGUCUACAUCCUCGUGGUGCUCUCCGAGACGGAGACUGACGAAGACGACACGGUUCGCAACCUAG